AUGGAAAACGUGACAUAUAAAAAGCGGCAAAGAAGUGAAAAUUGGCCGGAGGAAGAUAAGCAUUUAUUGAUGUAUUUGGUAAGGGAGCGUGUAUCAGUAAUUGAAAAUAAAAAUACUGAUACAAAUACAAACUCAAAAAAGCUAGCAGCAUGGGCAGAUUUAUUAUGCAGUUUCAACAACGACAUUUGUUCAUGGCUCCCUAAUGAAUUUGUCAUUAACACCAAUGAAUUUGAUUCUGAUGAAAUAAAUCAGAUUGGGGAGCCAUCGCAAAAUAAAAUCAAAGUGGAUGGGAUAAAUAAACUUGUCAAUGUUGAAAACAAGUCUUCACAUAAUGACACAAAGAGUACAAUAAAGGAUGUCACAGUAGAAAUACUUGAGGAGAUCCAAACUACACGAGAGGUAAAUAUGUGA